GAUAAAAAGAAAAAAAAAAGUUACCAUAUGAGAGAUGGCAUAAAAUUGAUAUGGCAAUGCUUUAUUGGAUAGAUAUUAGAUAGUGAGUGAGUUGGACACAAGAUCUACUUCCUUCCUUCCCUUCUCUUCUCUCAGCCAUUGUUGGAUUUAUUUGUAACUCAGAUCUAUCCAAUCCCCAUCACUAUGCUAACAAACCCUAGGUAGCUCACUCAGUAGCCUCGCCUCUUCCUCCCGUUCCGCCGACCACAAAUGGCAUUUCAACGGCGGCGUAACCAUUACUACCACCGCUUUAGGUAUUUGCUUCAAGCCCUCUCUGUCGUCUCCGGUGCGCUUCUUGUUCUUCUCGGGAUUAUCUCCUUCCUUUCUCCUUAUCCUGUCGAAACCGAUAAUCCUGCUCAUCGCGUUCACCGCGACUACUCUUCCUCAAUCGAUGCUACGGACGAUGCGAUUGUUGGAGGAGUCUCUCCAUUUGGAGUGCCGGUUUUUCGAGUUCCGAACAAUGGAAUGAGAUCGGAUCGUGAUCUUUGGACUUCGAGGAAUUCUAAGUACUUCCAUGGAUGCUGCAAUUCAAGCGCAAAAUUUUUGAAAGCUGAAGCUAUUACGCAUCCUAAUAGGUACUUGGCAAUUGCAACAAGCGGAGGUUUGAAUCAACAAAGAACUGGUAUUACAGAUGCUGUUGUUGCUGCACGUAUAUUAAAUUCCACUCUCGUUGUUCCUAAGCUUGAUCAGAAAUCUUUUUGGAAAGAUGCUAGUAACUUUUCUCAGAUCUUUGAUGUUAAUUGGUUUAUAUCAACUUUAGCAGAAGAUGUUAAAAUCAUAAAGGAACUCCCAAGAAAAAGAGGGAAAACGUGGAGUCCUCAUACAAUGCGUGUUCCAAGGAAAUGUAGUGAAAGAUGUUACAACAAUCGUGUUCUUCCUGUUCUUGUGAAAAGGCAUGUUGUUCAGCUCACCAAAUUCGAUUACAGACUCGCAAACCGGUUAGAUACAGAGUUACAGAAAUUGAGAUGUAGAGUUAAUUACCAUGCUUUAAAGUUUACAGAUCCAAUAAGGAAGAUGGGUGAAAAACUGGUGCAACGAAUGAGGAAAAGAAGCAAGCAUUACAUUGCAUUGCACCUUAGAUUCGAACCCGAUAUGCUUGCGUUUUCGGGGUGUUAUUAUGGUGGUGGAGACAAGGAAAGGAAGGAUUUGGGUGCAAUAAGAAAGAGGUGGAAAACUUUGCAUAUAAGCAAUCCUGAUAAGGAAAGAAGGCACGGUAAAUGCCCACUUACUCCAGAAGAAGUUGGUCUGAUGCUGAGAGCAUUGGGCUAUGGUAGUGAUGUUCAUAUCUAUGUUGCAUCUGGAGAUGUAUAUGGAGGUGAGGAGACAUUAGCACCAUUAAAGGCAUUAUUCCCAAAUUUUUAUUCCAAAGAGACUAUAGCAAUGAAAGAAGAAUUGGAGUUGUUUUCUUCAUUUUCUUCUCGUAUGGCAGCUCUUGAUUUUAUAGUUUGUGAUGAAAGUGAUGUUUUUGUUACCAACAACAAUGGUAACAUGGCCAAAAUAUUAGCUGGUAGAAGGAGAUAUUUUGGGCACAAACCAACUAUUCGUCCUAAUGCUAAAAAACUAUACCGUUUGUUCUUGAACAAGAACAACAUGACUUGGGAAGCUUUUUCUUCAAGAGUCCGUACUUUCCAGCGAGGUUUUAUGGGAGAACCCAAUGAGGUGAGACCAGGUAGGGGUGAGUUUCAUGAAAACCCUUCGACAUGUAUAUGUGAAGAGUCUGUACCCAAAGGAAAGAGAGAUUCAGUAUCUAGGAAAGUUGGCAAGGGAAACGAUGAUUCAAUGAGAAAGGAGGAAAUUUUUGAGGACCAAAAUGUUGAUGAUCAUGACCCAGAAUGGCCUGAUAUGGAGGAAGAUGACAAUCAGAGUGGCAUGGGAGGAGUAGGUUUGGAUUAUGAUGGAAUCAACUCUGAGGAACCUGAAUUGGAGGAUAUGCUUUCUGACUGAAUAAACAAUUUUAGCUUAAUCCAAUGUAUAGAUUGAUUCUCCCUUCACUAACCUUCUGAUCUGAUUUUGGCAUCCUGUAUAGAAGAAGAGUAUGUGGGAAAAGUUUUUGCUCUUGUUUUAUAUUGUAGUCACUUGUGAUUGGAAAUAGAGUCUGAGUAAAAGAGAGUCACUUGUUGAUCGAGCGGUUCAAAAUUGGUGAACAAAUAUAAUCACCAUUUGGGAGGAUGAUGUUAGAGAAUUGUGGACACUUCAUACUAACUAUUUGUUAUUGCUGAUUAAUUUUUAGGCAGAA